ACUGGGGGUGGAAGGGGGCUGCCGCGCCAUUUCUUUUAAAGCGCAUGCUUGUCCGUUCUCCGGACAUUUACGUUUCAGCUACGAACACGACGUUUUGGAUAUUCACCUUCGAGUGUUAUUUACGUUCAUUUUGACUACGAAUUCUUCCUUUAUUCUUUGCAUCGCAAAUAUCACGUAUCACCUGUCGAAAAACAAUUAUUUUAUAAAAAGCAAUUGUACUGAUCGGUACCUUAGCUUUACCGUUGGUAUAUAUAUACAUCACUUCACUACCGUCAGUUUCAUUCCAAUCGAUCUAUAAUCCUUGAACUCGAUAUUUCUAAGGAAACACAUAUUUUCCAAAGAAAUUUUUCGAAAAUCCAGUUCAUAACUCUUACGGUCAGUGUUUAAAUUUAAUAUCAUACAAAAUGGCUUUGAAAAUUCGCGUCGAUUCGCCGAAGGUGAAGUACACAGAAGAUUAUAUGGAGGCACAGUACGAGUAUCAAACAACGAACGUUAAGGAAGACGAUGAUAUGAAAUAUACGGUGACACCUGUGUCAACAAAGUUGCUGAUUAGAACGCAACUGAAAGUUCCAAAACUUGGAUUAAUGUUAGUAGGAUGGGGUGGAAAUAAUGGUACAACUAUUACUGCAGCAUUGUUAGCAAAUAAGCUUAACUUGACAUGGGAAACAAAGAAUGGCAUUCAAAAAGCGAAUUGGUAUGGAUCUUUAAUUCAAGCAUCUACUGUCAGAUUGGGAAAAAGAAACAAAGAAGAUGUCUUUGUUCCAAUGUCUUGGAUGCUUCCAAUGGUUAACCCAGAUGAUAUUGAACUUGAUGGCUGGGACAUUUCAGGCAUGAAUUUAGCUGAUGCUAUGCAACGUGCAAAGGUCUUGGACAUUAACUUACAAAAGCAAUUAAUACCACACAUGAUACAUAUGAAACCAAGAAAAAGUACAUAUUAUCCUGAUUUUAUUGCCUCUAAUCAGGAGAAAAGAGCAAAUAAUUUAAUUUCUGGUACAAAAUUUGAACACUUAGAACAGAUUAGAAAAGACAUUGCAGACUUUAAAGCAGCUAAGAAAUUAGAUCAAGUAAUUAUACUGUGGACUGCUAAUACUGAACGAUUUUCGGAGAUCAUUCCAGGUAUAAAUGAUACAGCAGAAAAUUUAUUAAAAGCUAUAAAAGAGAACCACCCAGAAAUUAGUCCCAGUACUGUUUUUGCUGUUGCAGCAGCUUUAGAAGGAUGUACAUAUAUCAAUGGCUCUCCUCAGAACACUUUUGUGCCAGGAGCCUUGGAAUUAGCAGAAAAACACAAAACAUUUAUUAGCGGUGAUGACUUUAAAUCUGGGCAAACAAAACUGAAAUCUGUGCUUGUAGAUUUUCUAGUGUCUGCUGGCAUUAAACCAGUAUCAAUCGUUAGUUACAACCACCUUGGAAAUAAUGAUGGAUAUAAUUUAUCUGCCCCUCAACAAUUUCGAUCAAAAGAGAUUUCAAAAAGUAAUGUCGUAGAUGACAUGGUACAAUCAAAUAGAAUUCUCUACAAACCUGGAGAGAAGCCAGAUCAUUGUGUUGUUAUUAAAUAUGUUCCAUAUGUUGGUGAUAGUAAACGGGCAAUGGAUGAGUACACAUCAGAAAUCCUACUUGGAGGACAGAACACAAUUGUGAUACACAACACGUGUGAGGACUCUUUGUUAGCUAGUCCAAUAAUUUUAGACUUGGUUCUUUUGGCGGAACUUUGCUCACGUAUGACCUUUAAAAAAGCGGAUACGGAGGACGAAUUUGUUGGAUUUCACAGUGUACUUUCCAUACUAUCAUAUCUAUGCAAAGCACCAUUAGUACCCCCAGGAACACCAGUAGUAAAUGCAUUAUUUAGACAACGAGCUGCGAUUGAAAAUAUGUUAAGAGCAUGCCUUGCGUUGCCUCCGGAAAAUAACAUGUUGCUCGAGCACAAAGUGAAUUUUGGAAAGUAAGUGGAAGUUGAACAAAAAAAAUUACAUUUUUAAGAGUAAGGGUAUUACUGCUUGCAAACAAAAAAAAGGAACAAACAGUAUUAUCAUGGAACAUUUAAAAAAAAAGACAGUGAAAAUUUAGUAUUCCAGAAUAUUCAUUACUCUUGCAAA